GUGAAAGUAGCAACAAUAAAGUGAUAAAUAAUUUUAUAAAGAUAAAUAAAAUAAAAAUUAAAAAAUUAAAUGAAGUGGUGGAAAAAAUCAAUACACAGAUAUGGUGGUUUACAAAUACGAGAGGAUGAUUGCUCUUUUGUAUGGCAAAUACCAGCAAAUGAACGUUGUGAAUGGGUCAAGAAAACUGACGAUUGCAACUUGGAUUCUUUAAUUCAAUACGCAGAAAUACUAUUCUGUACAUUUACCACUGAAUAUCCAGCUUUAUUCAUUCUUGGUCUUCUUGUAUUUGUCCUGUGGCUAUUGUAUCUAUUUCUCAUUCUGGGCACAACGGCAGACAACUUCUUUUGUCCAUCACUCUCAGUAAUUGCUGCUGAACUUCAUUUAUCUGAUAAUAUUGCUGGUGUUACAAUUUUAGCAUUUGGAAAUGGUGCACCAGAUAUAUUUACGUCACUCGUUGCAGAUGACGAUGAGAUGGUUAUAAUGUUUACUGAAUUAAUUGGUGCUGGUAUAUUUGUAACAGCAAUUAUUGCUGGUUCAAUUGCAAUUGUAUCACCAUUUAGAAUAUCACCAAAACCAUUUAUAAGAGAUUGUUGUUUUUAUAUAGCAGCUGUUUGUUGGAUUACAUAUAUUAGCCAAGAUGAAAUUGUACAUCUUUGGGAGGGUCUAAGUUUUAUUAUAUUUUAUCUACUUUUUAUUCUUACUGUCGUUGCAAUGCAAUUUUGGGAUAACAAAGAAGAACGUAGAAAAGCAAGAAUACCAGCUCUUCAUGAUCCAGAAAUGUUGAAAACAUUUUUAGCAAAUCAAGAUAAUGAACCGGAAGUACAUUUACCAGUACGAUCAACUGCAUUCAGUGUGAAAGCUAAACUUGAUGUAGCAAUUGCUGCUGAAAUGGCAAAUGCACGUGCAAGAGGUGAAUCAAUUGAAAAAGAAAAUAAUGAUAAUGAGUCAACAACAUCACAAACAGAUAGACCUGAUAAUAUAUACAGUGAAUUUAUAUAUGACAUUAAUCCAAUAAGUAAAAAUGAUUGGAAAAAAUCAAAUUUAAUAAUGAAAAUAAUACUUGUUGUACGUUCACCAGCAAUGAUUAUAUUGCAAUUAUUAAUACCAGUUGUUAAUGAAACAGCUGUUAAAAAUGGAUGGUCAAAAUUACUUAAUUGUAUACAACUUUGUAUAACACCAACUGUAGCACUCUUCAAGUUGGAUGUUUGGAGAGUUAGUUUUGGACCAUUGCCAAUUGUUGUAUUAUUUUUUUCUCUUGGUCUUAUCAUUGGAGUUGUAUUAUUUUUAACAACACAUAAAGAUAAACCACCAAAAUAUCAUAAUAUAUUUGCAUUUCUUGGAUUUAUGAGUGCUAUGCUUGUUGUUUAUUCAGUUGCAAAUGAAGUUAUGGCAAUAUUACAAUGUAUUGGUUUUGCAAGUGGUAUAUCAGAUGCAAUGUUGGGUAUAACACUUCUUGCUUGGGGAAAUAGCAUUGGAGAUCUUAUCUCAAACGUAACGAUAGCACGAAGGGGAUAUCCACGGAUGGGAUAUUCAGCAUGUUUUGGUGGUCCAAUGUUUAACACACUGUUGGGUCUUGGUCUAACAUGGACAAUAUCAGCAUUUAAUCAUCCAAAUUAUCAAACUAAAAUUCGUAGUAGUGACAUGAUGCCUGGAUGUCUUGCAUUUUUAUUAUGCUCAUUAAUUGCAUCAUUUAUUUAUUUAAAUAUUGUUGGUUUUAUUGCAAGAAGAUCAUAUGCAUUAAUUGCUGUUAGUGUUUCACAACAAGUACUUUAUAGUUAUCCUUUUGUCAUACCAAUGCUACAUUUUAAUAUUACAAAUCUUCUUGGAAGAUGGUAUACAUAUGCUAGAAUACCAAAUGAAUAUGAAACAUUUGCUGACUGCAGCAUUGUCGAUAUGAGUAUAAAUAACAAUACUUUAGAACUAACUAUGUCAUCUUUAAAUAACCAAACUGGAUUUGUCGAACAAUGGGGCAGUUUUGGUGUUCCAGUUCCUAGAGGAUUUUCAUCUCAAUAUAAUCUUAAAUUUCUACCACUUGCACGUCAAAGAGAUAGUGUUGUAACUGUAUUAAAUACUGACUAUAAAAAUUUUGCAGUUAUAGAGCUUAUUCAAAUAAGCGAAGAUGCAAGGAUCUUGCAAUAUGCCUGGAUUUGGUCAAGAUCACGUAAAUUUCAUCAAACAUAUUUAAAUCGUGCUCUUGAUGUUUUGCAAAGAAAUACUAUAAACUUAAAUUGUUUUGAACUCGUCAAUCAUGAUAGAUGUCCAUCGCCAGAUAAUUUUUUGCCAUAUGAACAAUAG